AUGGUGCAAAUCAAGUUUCUAUAUUUUCUCUUUGCCAUAAUGGCACUCGUAGUCCUGGGCGGCAACGUAGCCAAGGCUGAUUGCCUUUCCGGCAAAUACAGAGGUCCUUGUGCUGUUUGGGAUAAUGAGCUGUGUAGGCGGCUCUGCAGGGAGGAAGGACGACAAACAGGACACUGCAGUCCCAGACUCGCGUGCUGGUGCGAAGGAUGCUAA